GUAAUAUUCCUAGGUGGUUCAAUAUUCUGUUAGCAAAUGGAGUCCUCGUCUAUUGUAAGUUUUAACAACGAUUCUACUUACGAUACGACUGUUAAACCUGAAUUCAACAAUGUUAGCGUACACGAACUGGCUCUGCAUGCAAUGCGAGAUCGUUGUUUAUUAUUGCAACGAAGGAUAAAUACGCUAGAGUCAGAUAACAUGCGACUAAAACUGGAUAUGACAAAGUCUACUGAGAAAUCUCCAUACAUUCCUCUAUCGGAAGAUGAAAAGUUCAAUUUACUCCAAAAAAUUGCUGAUCUAAGUAGACAAAAAUCCCAACUAUUGCACCAUGUCUUCAUGGUGUCCUGCGAAAACAAAAACUUGUGGAGCAAAUUGUCAAGUAUAAAGGGAGGCGAUAAGAACGGUAAGGAAUUAAAGCCUCUGGUCCGAACAAACACUUACAUACACAGCACUCCCAAGUCCAACUCUAAGUUUCAAGAGAAAUACUCAGAUUCAAGUUUAGAAGAAAUAUCAUUAAAAUUAAUCAACAGCUACAUAUUAGAGAAGUCGCAGCUCAUAGAACAGUAUGAACAAAUGGCACAGUUACAGGAGGCCGAUGGAGAUUUGUUGAAUGUUGACUCCAUUGGCUUUGCUUAUAUGGAAGAUCCCGCAACUGACUCCUUGAAAGAAAUGCGUAUUCAAACUGAAAAAUUAUUAGGGCUCAAAAAAGAAUUGGACGAACAGGAAAAAAACUUGAAAAUUGUACUAUCCAGACUGGAAAAUGAUUCUUACAAAUGUCCAUCAUGUGAAAAAAACAAGCUACAGGUAUCAUACGAAGAUAAAGAAACUGAAACCAGCGAUAGUCUUAUGUGGGAUCAAAGAGAAGCCACUCAAACAAAUCCUUAUAACACCCAAAAUUCUAUAGAAGAUGAAAAAGAAAUUUCCGAGAAUAACAAUCCCCAAAGUGGCAGUGUAUGUGAUAAAAUUUGUCCAAUGUGCGGGGAGCUGUUUCUCAAAGAUGCAGCUUUUGCUGACUUCCAAACGCAUGUUGAGAGCCAUUUUGUUGGUGACACCGACUUAGACUCCAUAGACAACUUUGAUAAACUGCCUAAUUCUUUAGAUAAUAAUUUAAGUUAAAAUUUUAGCAAUGUGACAUAAAUGAUUGCUUGCUUAGGUUGGAAAAAAGUUGUAAACAAAAGGGCCUCAUAACUAAAUUAUGAAACAAAAUAACAUUUUACGUUUUUGUAAACAUUUUAUAACAUUUUUAA